AUAUGAUAUAAAUGAACAUAAUACACACACUUCCUAUCAGCAUGUUAAAAGCAGCUGUUUACUAUCUAAAAUAUUUUACUACCUGCAGUUGUGUUCAUGGGGUCUUUCUCUGCUGAAAUAGUUGGAAAGAAUUGAGUAUGAGCUCUAAUAGUUCCACACUAGCGUGUGCAGAUCUCUUCCAAAAUUCACAGGAUAGUUGAAUUUAAGAAGAAGUUAGAAACCUGUGCUGCUUAACACUUCUGGUUUAUAAACACUCCAAAACUGUCAUUUGAAAGUAUACUUCGUUUUAAAAUUCAAGUUUGUUUUUGUUAAAAGGGGGUUGUACAGGCCUGUUACUAUUGUGUUUUUUUUAAAGAAGCAUGGUUAAGUCCAACUUCACUCAGAAUUUAGGUUAUGUAAAAAAGCUUUUUACAAGUCUUCAGAUCAGUACCUUACCAGGAACUUAUUUAGAAUGAAGACCAUUUUAAAAAUAAACUUAGUCCUGUCCUGUGUGCAUCCUGCACCUUCCUGAGCAUGUGAAAGUGAAAUUGACUAAAAUACUUCCAUUGUCUGAGCUGAGAAAUGCAAAAAGGCAAUAACAGUGAAAGGAGAAACUAUUUUAAUAAUAUAGGUAAUUAAAAAUUACAUUUCUUUGUUUUACUUUUACCUGAAUGUCCCUGUAAACACUACAGAUUUAAAAGAAGGGAAAUAGCUAUUGUUGCUAUACUGCGAUAACAGGAUGACAUUAGAACUUCAAAUUACACAAGUCUUCUUUUAAAGUGACACCUACCAAUUCUAAAUCAAACUUCUGUCUGAAAAUAUUACCUGCUAUUCUAUAUCUCUCUCACAAUUGCUAUUACUAAAACCUAUUUUUUCUUUUCCAGUUUGUCACUUUGUGCAUUUGUCAGUACUUAUAGUCUGUUUCACUCUUCCCUUGUUUAGCCAGUCAGUUAUUAUAUUUGUGUGUGAUUUUUUACAAAGCAAUAGGAGAAAAAAAAUUAAGUGUAACAGACAGAGAAAUGGAGACCUAGGUUGGUGGCUACAUAAAAAUAAGUGUGAAUGUUUUUUCUGAAUUCACCAAGUCUCAAGCUGAUAGUGCUCCUUUCAUACCAAAAUUAGUUACAAUCAAACACAUUUGUGAGGAUUUAAUGAAGAGGAUGAUGCUUGCUUAAAAUAAUCUCAGAAGCAGGUAUUGGAAAUAUAUAUACACACAAAAUAAGAAAAAUGCAUUACCAUUUCUCAAAAUGCUCUAUAAUCUGAAAACUCUCAGAUUUUGUUUUGUUUGCACAAAUAUGAAGCUUAGAUGACUUGGUUCCUAAUUCUGUAACCAGCUCAGCAUGAGCAUAGGGAUCUGGCUAAAUUUUUUAAAUUGGGGCUCAAACUGUUAACCAGCCAUCUUUGCUGGCUAUGAGCACUUUAACUGAUCUCAAGUCUGUGAGAGGACCAGCUCCAUCAGCUGAGCCAGGAUUUCUAGUGCCAAGCUUCUGCGUUGAAGUGCUUUUCUCACGGACUCUGCCUGCCAAAUAAAAAUGACAAGUUAUUUUCUAGUCCAUUUUUCUGCAUGGCACUCUGGUAAAGCAUAAGAGAGUCUUGCUAAAGAUCCUUUUUUAUGUGAGAGAGGCAGGGAGAAAACAUACAGCUAUUUUGGUUCUCCACAACUUUGUGAUGAGAUACCAAAAUUAGGCCACUGAAAACCUCUGUCCCACCAUGCAAAACUACUUUUCUAUAAUGCUUUUUUGGACCAAUCUGAUUAAAACUUCUUGUGCAAAUUUGCCAGAUCUGUGUUCAGACAUAUAGGGCAAAGGAAGCUGAUUUUUUUUUGUUUGUAGCUUUCAGUCCUGCUUUUACAGGACAUCCUAGUCACUAAAGGACUUUGUUGAAUGUCAGUAUUACUAUAAAUUCUGAUAUUUUAUUAGCUUAUUUAAAUUUGGAGAGAGGGACAUUUGUUAUGGCAAAGUCCUAGAUAAAGUUUUAGCUGGUUGAUGGGAUAAAGAAUAGUUUUUUCCCCAACCUAAGGUGGUCACCCAAGUGGAUAGCUGAGCUCACCUGGGAACACUUGGUCAAAUUUAGUAUCAUUAACAUUUAAUGAGAAUAUCUUCCCAGGGCCUCAACAUUUUUCUGAACAUGUGGCAAGAGCUAGAUAAUUCAUUGGAGAGUAGCAGCAAUUGUAACAGUUGUCUGCUGUUCUGCAGUAUCACAAGUCUAGGAGUACUAGUCCUACCGGUAGGUAAGUAAAUAUACAACUUCUUGACUGUAGUGCAAUGUAUCUGGAUUAGAUUAGUUUCAGGUAGUGGCAAACUACAAGGAACAGAAAAUGCUAUGUGGCUGCAUGAGUUCUCUUGGUUUCUGAAUGUUAAAGGAGUCAAACAUCUGCUCCAUGUCACUCUUCACACAGUGAUGUAACUGGUAAUAUACUAGCCAAAACCAGCAGCACAAGAAGUCUGGUUUCCUUCUAGACUGAAAGACUGCAUUCACCAAAGCAUUAGUGAGGCAGUUACUUAAUUUGUUUAAACUCUCUUCUGUGGGUGACUGAAUGGACACUAAGGACCACACAGAUUUAUCUCCUGAUCUAAUGUAAGAGAAGUAGCAUUGAGGACAUUGUUCUAAAUAUGACAUUAGCAGUUUCCUAUAAUACAAGAACUGUUGUGUACUCAGAACUUAUUUUAAUGAUAUACUGUGUGUUUUAUCGGGGUUUUUGUUUUGUGCAUCAUACUUGCCAGGUCUUUUUUCCAAAAUUUGUUUGGUGCAGGACCACUUGAAGAUCAUAUUCCUUUCUAAAUUUGUGUGCCAAUUUGCUUGAAGUACUUAUUUUCAUUCGUUCUAUCUUGAUCAAAAGUCCUGAAUUUUGUUGUAACAUCUCUAUUUAAUAGCACUAGCGCUGCAUUGUAGUUUUGUUUUUUUAAAUGGGAUGUUGCUUUCUUUGGUCACUGAUGCAUAGAAAGAACAAAAUAGGACUUGAGCCAUCUCCUCUCUAUCCCACCCCCAUGCUAAAAAUUUUCUUAGUACAUUAUUUCCACUACCAAUCCUAGUCAUUCUAGAUAAACACACACACCCCCACUCCCCAUACUGUAAUUUGACCUUUAUAGAAAAUGUGAUGAGUAAAAACCUUAUGGAAUUCUGGAUAAAUAUUCCAUCAUUCUUGAAAAUGAUUAUCUAAAAUCCAAUAUCGAGUGUUUUAUCUGGUCUCAACUUUUUUAUUUCUUUAUAGCUGAAGAUAAAUCACAAGUGUCUAAUACCUCUAAACUUCCUGUGACCCAAGUGUGGAUUUAGUAUUACCUAAUUUCCAGAAUGUAGUUCUUAUUACGUUUCUCUAAUGUAUAAUGUACUUCACAUAAUGAGAAUCUCAAAAGGCUUCACAAAUAUUGAGCCUACCUGGGAGGAAAGGGGGUGUGUGCAUGUAUGUAUAUGAUGAGUAAGGUUAUGAUUUUCAUAGAUAUUUUUAGCAAAAGUAAGGACAGGCCAUGGGCAAUGAACAAAAAUACAUGAAAGCUGUGACCUGUCUGACUCUUACUAAAAACAUCUCUGACACAAUGGGGUGGAGGGUCCAGCACCCUGCUCCACUGCAUGUGGUGGCUGGGAGAGACCCCUGACUGCAGGGCUAGGAUCUCAGGGGAACCCUCUUCCCACCCUCCUGCAGGGCUGGAGAUUCCCCUGCAGCAAUGGGGGACUGCAGGGUUCCCUGCUGCCCACUGGGGCUGGGGAGCUCCAUGGGAUUCCCCAUUGCACUGCAGGGCUGGGGGAGAGGGCCAUUACCUGGGGUGGCUAGGAGCUGCAGGGGCCCUCUGCUGCCAUGGCGGCUGGGCUGCUGUGGGGCCCCAAUGUCACAGUCAUGGAAUCCGUGACUUCUGCAGUUUCCGUAACAUGCUCAUAGCCUUAAUGAUGGGUAAACCAAGCCACAGAAGCUAAGGUAACACAGAGUGAGCCUUUGGCACAGCAUCUGGCUCCCAGUCCUGUGCUCUAGUCAUCAUAAGGUAUUACCUUUCCAUCUUGUAGUAGCUAGUAAUUUAUCUUUUUUCACUUCUGUCUUGAAUCAUGAUAUAGUAUUUGGCCAUUUUAUGUUUAAGAGAAGUUACUUUGAGGUGGGCAAAGCAAGGGUGGAGACAACACAAUCCAUGUUCUUGCUAAAUAUCUGAGCAAACUAAUACAGAAUGACUUGCAAGGGAAAGUGACCAUCAAAGUGUUGAAUUGUUAAUGAAUGACUAGAGCCAAACACGCAGAAGCAAAAAACUGGUUUGUGGUAUUAAACAGGUGUGCCUUCUGUCAAUAUUUUCAGUUAUCAAUCCUAACAAGUCUAGAAUGUAGUAGGUGCUAGCAGUGAAUAAGCUUCCACAAACUACAUCAACCAUAGUUUAAAAGUAUGUUGAGUAUUCCAUGACAGGUGGCUGAUAAAAAAAAAAAAAAGCCAUUUCAAAUGCUGCUUAAUGACUAGGUCUUCCUUCUGGUUAACUUGUGUGACAUAAGGACUCCAAUUUGGGGCUGCUCUUCUCUAAAAUGGUUUCUGUAAUUCACAUGGGAUCCGAACUUCUUGCCUUUGUCUCCAUUUAAGUCUGAAAAGGGGGAUUGUGCUUCCAUCGGAUAGGUUUUUGGCAAACCUGGGAACUUUGCAGUAGUUUUCAGACACCUAAGAGAAAUAAGUUACUAACCUUUCUGUAACUGUUCUUCAAAAUGUGUUGCAUUGUCCAUUCCAAUGUAGGAGUGUGCAUAUCCUGAGCACACUUGCCGGAAUUUUUUCCCCUAGUGGUAUCCAUUGGGUUGUCUCCAGCAUGACUGGUGUGUCACACUCAUAGCGCUGGUAUAACGGGCCCUGCCGACCAGCUCCCUUCAGUUUCUUACUGACUGCCUCCAAUAAGUGGGGAUGGAGGGCGGGUUUUGGAAUGGUCAUGUGCAACAUAUCUCAAAGAACAGUAGUUACGGGAAGGUUAGUAACUUUUUUCUUCUUUGAUUGUUUGCACAUGUCCAUUCCAAUGUAGGUAACUCACAUGCAGCUGUACAGGAGGUGGAUUCAGAGUUCGAGGGCAGGCUGACUGCAAUACUGUGUGGCCAAAGCCAGUAUCUGCUCCAGCCUGCUGGGUAAUGGCACAGUGCGUUGCAAAUGUGGAUUAACGACCAGGUUGCUACCCUGCAGCUGUCCUGAAUUGAGACUUGUGCUAGAAAAGCAGUGGAGGAGGCUUGUGACCUUGUGGAGUGAGCCAUCAGAUUAGCUGGGAGACCCAUCUUUCUGCUGUCAUUGUGAACAGUUGAGUAGAUUUGCAGAAUGGUUUAGUCCUAUGUAUGUUGAAAGCCAGGGGCCUCCUAACAUCCAAGAGUGAAGGCUCUGUACUCCAUUCACAUAUGAUUUAGAGUAGAAUAGUGGUAGGAAGAUUGCUUGAUUGCACUGGAAUUGUGAGACCGCCUUUAGGUGAUCAUAACUGAACUUUGUCCUUGAAGACCGUAUAUGGGGGCUCCGAUGUGAGGGCCUGGAUCUCUGAGAAUCUUCUGGCUAAAGUGAUGGCCAGAAAAGGGGUUGUAACAAACACAUCGCUAGGGGCUCAAACAGACCCUGUAACCUUUGACAGGAUGAGGUUCAGGUCCCAGGGGGGGACUGGAUCUCUAACCUGGGGUACACCCUCUUCAGGCCUUUGAGAAAACUGAUGCCCAUCUCAUGUGAAAAAACUGAUUGGUUGUCAACCUUGUGAUGGCUGACAGGUGAACCCUGACUGAAGAGACAGCUAGAUCUUGUUUCAGCAGUAGGAGGUACUCUAAAACAAGCUGCAGGGAGGACUGCAAGGGUGAAAUUUGCUGUUGGGAGCUUCAGGUGGAAAAGCGCUUCCAUUUUGGAAGGCUGGGGCCCCUGACGGAGGGCAUCCUAUUGCCCAGUAGGAUCUCACAGACCUGUCCCCAGCAAGCUUGGUCCUGCGGAUUCAGCCAUGAACCUUCCAGGCCAUCAGAUGAAGAGACCUGAGGUUUGGGUGGAGCAGCCGACCAUGGUCCUGGGAGAUCAGGUCCAGUUGCAGCAGAAGCCGCAGCAGUGCCUCCACUGAGAGAUUUAAGAGCCCCGGGGGCGAGCUAAUGAUGCCUGUGAGACAGUGGGCCUAUGAGAAUGACCUCGCUUGCUCUUCUUCAGAACCUGGUGAAUCAGCAGGAUAGAAGAAAAUGCGUAAUACAGGUGUCUUGUUCAUGGUGAGGGACCCCAGGCUCUGACCUUGCAGAGAGCAGAACUGAUGGCAUUCCUGUUGCAGGUGGCAAACAGGUCUAUAAGGGGAGCCUCCCACCAUUGGAAGAUGUCCCUCAUAAUGUCCAGUUAGAGAGACCACUUGUGGUGAGAGGAGAAAAACGUGCUGAGGUGAUCUGCCAGCUGGUUCUAUGUUCCUAGUAGGUAGGAUGCUUUCAAGCUGAUGGAAUGAGCAAUGCAAAGCUCCCACAGGUGGACUGCUUCCUGACAUAGGGGAAGAACACAUGCUGCCCUGCCUACGUAGACCUUGGCUGUUGUAUUGUCCAUGAGAACCAAAACAGUCUUGCUCGUAAUGUGAGGUAAAAAUGCCUGGCAGGCUAGACAAACUGCCCUGAGCUCCCUGACAUUGAUGCAGAGAGAGAGCUCUUCUUGAGACCAGGGGCCCUGAGUCCUGAGGGACCCUAGAUGGGCUCCCCAGUCGAGGGCUGAUGUGUUAGAUGCUAUGGACAACAGUGAGUGGUGCCUUUAGAAGGGUACCCCUGCACAUGCUAUGUGGUGGUUCAGCCACCAUGUCAGUGAGCUGAGGACCUCUGCAGGCACCACGAACAGUGAGUCCAGGUGAUGACAUGAGGGGGAGUAUAUUGUGGCUAGCUAGGCUUGGAGAGGUCUGAGAUGUAGCCUCACAUGUUGCACUAUAUAUGUGCAUGAUGCCAUGUGGUCCAGGAGGCUCAGAUGCUUUCACACUGUUGUGAUCGGAUGAGCUUGGAGGGAUCUUAUCAGGGAUGUAACUAUGAAAGUUAUCAUCUGGAAGUAGGGUUCUUGCUUGCACGGAGUAGAGGACUGCACUGAUGAACUGUAUCUUUUUGGACCUUCAGCAGAAGACCCAAUGCACUGAAGGUCAAUUGAAUAAGAUGGAUGUCUGCUUCCACCUGAGCUCUAGAUUGGCCCUUGACUAGCCAGUCAUCAAGGUAUGGAAAAAUGUGGACUUUCUUCUGAGAGAGGCUGCUACUACUGCUAUGCAAUUGAUGAAAAUUCCUGGGUGGCUGACAAGCCAAAUGGGAGCACUGCGAACUGGUAUUGUUCACUACAAAACUUAGGAAAUGUCUGUGGCCUUGGAAGAUCAAAUAUGGAAAUAAGCAUCCUUUAGCUCGAGGGUGACAUACCCAUCCCCUGGAUCCAGUGAGGGAAUGAUGGAAGCCAAGGAGACCAUGGGGAACUUUAAGUUCUUGAGAUAGCAACUGAGAUGACGCAGGUCUAAAAUGGACCACCCUUUGCUUUCAGAAUUAGGAAGUAGCAGAACUAGAACCCCUUUCAUUUUAGGUGAAAUGGAACCUCUUCCAUGGCUCCCUCCCAAAGGAGGAAUUUAACUUCUUGUUCCAACAGUUACUUUUGAGAAGUGUCCAUGAAGAGAGGCAAGGAGGGGGAGUGGGGUAGGCAGGUGGAGUAGACAGAAGUUAGGUGUAAAACUGGUGUAAUCCAGUUUUACUGUACUGAGUACCCAGUAAUCUGAGUCCAGACAUCCAGGAAGUGGGAAAGGCGGUUGGAGAACAAGGGGUAGCUGAAUCCAGUGUAGAGAGGUUUACAAUGCUGACCUUGUGUCUUGUCAAAACAAGUGCUUUGAAGAUUCUGUGUGUCUGGGGCUGGACUACGCAGGACCUGCUGAGGAGGAUUAGGGACAAGGUCUGCACCUGAAUCCCUUGCUCUGAUUGUGAGAAGUAACUUGUAGUGCUUCCUUGAUCCUGCUCAUUUGUACAGCCUCAGGGAUUUCACGGUUGCCUUUGAGUCCUUGAGACUGUGCAGCCUAGCAUCUGUUUGCUCAGAAAAGAACAAUGACCCUUCAAAGGGACAGUCUUGUAUUGUUGCAUCUCAUGUGGGAGCCACAAGGACUACAACCAUGAGCGCUGCACAUAGUUACCACUGUAGCAAUUUUUCUUGCUGCGAAUCCAGGGCCACCUGAAGAGAAGAUUGUGACACUGUCUCCCCUUUUUUGACUAAGACUGAGAACUCCUGACUGGAGUCUGGGGGAGCAGGUCUUUAAAAUUUAGCAUAGACUCCCAUAUAUUAAAUUCAUACUGAUCCAGCAAUGCUUGCUGAUUUGCUUUGUGGUGCUAAAGGCCCUCUGUGGAAUUUGCUUUUCAUCUGAACAGGUCCAAUUUCUUUGGAUCCUUCACCUUGAGCAUAGGACCAGUCUAUCCUUGGCAAUACCUUUUGUUGGUAGCCGCUACACCCAGGGAUCCCAGGGGAGGGUGCGAAAAAAGGAAUUCAUACCCUUUAGUGGGUACAAAGUACUUGCACUCUGUGCACUUUGCUGUAGUCAGCAGAGAGGCAGGGGUUUGCCAUAGAGCCUUGACUGGGUCCAUAAUGGCAUCAGUAAGUGGUAAAACCACUCCAGAGAGACCCAUAAAUCACACAAUGUCUGAGAUUGUGUGUUGUCUCUGAUCAUAUCCGCUUGGACCCCCAAGUUUGAGGCUACCCGCUUUGAGAGGUCCUAGUGCGCCUUGUGGCCAUCUUGUGGCACCAGGGGUCUCCCUGCCACUACUGCCUCACUGGAGAGGAGGAGUUUAUAAUGGGCUGAGGACCCUCCGUUGGUUCCUCGCUGUCUGCAGGGGCCUGUGGGGUUUCUUCCUGAGGCUCGGUACUGGCGUCCAGAUCUGUGGUGUCUCAGCACAGUACAAGGGUGUCCUAGCCUCUGAGACGACAACAGUGUGAUUGUGUUGAGGAGGUGCCCUAUGGUGGGGAACCCCCCAAGAAGAGUUCCAAAAUGGCCACUGCAUAGCUGCUGGUCCCCAUGGACAUGGUAGCCAAAUAUUUGGAGGAACUGCUGUCCUCUGGGCCAUGGUGGAACAGGAAUAGCCCAGGGAGCAGUGAGGUCUGCUGUGGUGAUGAAGGGAAUAAGAUCCCACCUCCAAAUCUGAGGGGGAAGUUGAGCUGUGAGGCAGAGACCAGGGCGGUGUUGUCCUCCUCCUUGCCAGAGAUGGGCCGUGGGGUGGAGAUCUUGAGGCGGUCAACGGGACUUUUUCCCUAGAUGGUGGCUGCAGCACCGAGUGAAGUCUUGGUGAUAACUCUGUGCUGCUUGGUGGCACUGGUGGUGCCAAGUAUUGACCUUCUGGGGAUGCUGGUACCAGUAGGGUGAGAAGAUCCCUGGCUGCCGCAAAUGCCUCAGGAGUUGAUGGUACCACAAACUGGUUGGUAUGUCGUCUGCCCUGACCGAAGUCUGUGGUGCUUGCAGCAGCACCAGGAUUGCAGGCACCUGAUGUUGUGGUGCCAGGGAAGAAGAGAGGCCUGACAUGGGUCUCACUCUAUCCCAGUCUCCUUUUGCCUUUGGCACCAGGGAGCAACUCUUCUCUUGAUGUAUUUGGUGCUGCUUCUUUGUCUUCCCCCGUGCCCACUGGGGCUGAGAAUCCCAAGUCAUGGAAAGAGCACUCUGCACCAAGGCUGAGGUGCUCAGUGUUGAGCCUCAGCACAGCUUGGAGGCAGGUUUUAAGGCUGCCUCCAUGAGGAUAACUUGCAGUCUUGCUGCUUGGUCCUUUUUGGUUCUGGGAUCAGAAGUUCCUGCAGACUUGGCAGUGGUCUUUCCUAUGAGCUUCCCACAAGCACUUGAAACGAACAAUGUGAGUGCAGGCUCACUCAUAGACUUAUCACGAGAGGCAUGCCAGUGACUGAGGCAUGCCCCAGCACAGGAGUAAGCGGAUGAUCCUGCUAGCUAAGUGUGGAGGUGUCUGAAAUUAUGUAAGUUCUAAAAAUUAUUAAACUAAUUCCUCACUAAGAACUGGAUUUAAAAAGCCCCUAGAAGGACUGCCUGAGCAAAAAAGGGUUCCAGCAAUCAUCACAGGUGGUAAGAGGGAACUGAAGGGGAGCUGGGUUGGUGGGGCUCUUCAUAUCAGCACUUUGAACGUGCAACACUGGAGGUCGCUGAUAUCACUAGGGGAAAAAAUUCCAGCAACUGUGCUCAGGGCAUGCAUGCACCUACGCUGGAAUGGACAUGUGCAGGAACUCGAACUUGUCCUUUCCCUAUCCUAAUUUGCUAUUUAAUACUAUGUAGUUGAUUCCGAAGGAGGGGAAAUGAGUAAUCUUAUGUAUGUGACAUUGUUUUAUAGUUUCAAGUUUUUCAUGCUAUAGGCUAUGUCUACACUACAGCAGUAAGUCGAUCUACGCUACAUAGCUGGAGUCCAUGUACCUAAGGUCGAGUUACCGCGGGGUCUACACGAUGAGGGGUCGACAGAAAAAACUCAACCUUACUCCUCUCAUCGGGGGUAGAGUAUAGGAGAGCGAUCUGCAGUUGAUUUGGCAGGUCUAGUGAAAUCGACCACCGGUGGAUCAGUCUCAAAGCAUUGAUCCCAGCUGUAGUGUAGACCUGCCCAUAGUAAUCUAAUUUAAAGCAGAACAUUUUAAGUUGCUUUUCACUGCAGUUCCACAUUUGUUGAACAAAAACUAUUUAAAGUACACAUACUUUCAGAUCACAUUUGUUUCUACCUGUUAAGCCCAGUGAACAAUUUUUGUUUCUGGUAAAACUCUAGCACUACACGUGUUAUGGCUUACUAGUCAGAAUGUGGACCACAUAAUCUAAAGACCCCUGGGAUAAAUUCUCAAAAUAGUCAAACCACCAGCAGACUUCUCUCAAAAUGUGAAAAUAACCAGAAAAAAAAAAUCAAACCAGAAACAUUACCGGCCUUAUUCACAAAUUCGUCCUCAUGGGGUCUUUUGCUCUUCAAAAGCCUCAAUAACUGGGCCUUGCAGUUUGCCUUGAUGACAAUAGAUUUUUGGCUAUAAAACAAAGGGGGGUGAGUUCCAAAGCCUAUACCUGUGGUCUGUCUAGAAAUAGAACAAAUAGUGUACUGUUAAUUUAAAUUGCCUUUCUACAUUAUGUACUCCCUGCCUGGAGAGGUAUUUAAGGUCUUAAAAGUAGAUCUGGUAGGGAGCAUCACUCCCAAAUGCAUGCUCAUUUACAUUUUGAAACAAUAUGUAAGUUACUAACAUGCUUGAAGGUGUUGUGGAAGAAAAUAAUUUCUUUGCUCAGUGGGGCAGUCAUCUCCUAUGGGUAAUGAAGUAUCAGUAGCUUUGCAGAUUGCCCACAAUGAGGCACUUUUUGAAAUGUCUGUCUAGCUAUUCAAUAUUAAAUGCAGUAUGGAGAUCCACUAGGCGUUAUCCAGAUUUAAAAAGUUACACAGGUUUAACUAAAUUUAAAAUCUUAAGUUUGAGUCUCUAAUGAAGACACACCUCUUAACUCUUGCCUAGCUUAGCUUAAAUUGAUCACUGGUUUAGCUUGCAUCAGUAAUGUUGAGGGUUAAUCCAGUAUAACUAAUCUAUUUUACAUUAUUUAAAUGUGUUUAACUUAUUUAAUGUAGACCUUUUCUAAAGGCUAAUAAAGGCUGAAACCAGAUUCCACUAUAAAGCUAUGCUUUAACCACAUCCAAUGAUUUUAGUUCGGAAAACUGGUUUGGUCUGAUUGUCAGAAUGAAGGUAAGGGUACUUCUGUAAAGUUUGAAGACGGUCAUUGUUUUGUUACAUGUGAUUUGAAAUGUUAAGUUAUGUAGGAUUUAAAGAAAGGGACUAUUAGAUCUAGUCUGACCUAUAGCUCACAGCUCAUUAACUCCAUUUAUCUCUAUUACUGAGCUCAUGAGAGGCCUUGUAUUGGGCUUAAGUAGGCUUUCCAGAAAGGCAUCCAGUAUUUAUUUGGAGAAUCCACCACUUCUCUGUGUAGUUAAUCACCUUCACUUAAAAAUGUGCUCCUUAUUUCCCAUUUGAGUUGUUGUAGCUUUAGCUUCCAUCCAUUGGUUCUUGUUAUGCCUUUCACUGCUGAAUUAAGGAGCCCUUAGUGUACCCUGUAUUUUCUCCAGAGAAGGUACCUCACUCUUUUUUUCCUGUAGAAUUCUAUCUCCCAUGCUCAACCAACCUACAUUUCCUUAAAUGUAUCCACUACAUGAAAUGGGUUUUAAGCAAAGCUGAUUACUUUAGAUGGCUAUAUCCCAUCCUACUUCCCUUCAUGUACACAGGAUUGUUUUGCCAUUGACUUCAGCAGACAGGACAGCACUUGUCUGCAAGCAGAAUACAACCCAGCAUAUCUUUGACCGUCACUCAGGCAGAAGAUAUCCACCAAGAAGAGGAAACUUGCCACCAUUCCUCCCCUUAAACUUACCUGGCAUCUGCCUUCUUUUAACCUAUAAGUAGGUAUUUCUGGCCAAUUUCUAGCAAUACAGAGACCAUGGGAAGAAAGGAGUAUGUAUCAUCUGUGUGCAGCUCAUCAUUGCAGCACUUGUACACAAGCAGUGGUGGCAUACUAUGGUCAAUGCAGUCAUUUAAGAGUAAGGUCUGGACUGCGCAAUCUCUGGGUCUCUCACAAAUCACAAUACUACUUCAGCAUAGAGGUGAACAGGCAGCGAGAGGAAGACAAGGUGGAAGAAACAGCUUUGGUCCUUUUUCUGUUCUCUCCCCAUGCCCCCAACUUCCAGUAGAACUCUAUGGAGGGACUAGCUACUGGAUAAAUAAAGCUUAUACAGCCUCCCUCCUAAAGGGCCCAGCACCUGUAGAGAAGCUCCCUAAAAUAACCCAGGAUUUCUGUUGUGUCCCUUUCUCUGUGGAGGCUUAGGACUAUUAUCCUGGGGGAGGAAGGAAGGCCACUCUCCAGUUGUCUUCUGAAGGUGGUCAGUGUGUUUAGAUCUGGAUAAUGCCCAGCCUUCCACCAUUUUUAGCUCUGAAGAUGCCUCAGAUGAGUAUCUGCCCCUUAAGGAUGGGAACUAAAGGAUAUCUGAAAUUAAAAUUACCAUUAAGAUUGCCCCAGUAGCCAGAGGAAGAAUCCAGGCUGGCUGCUGUUGGCAGGGGAGAAGGGGGGGAAAGAGGACAAUAUGACAAAAUUGUCAAAUGGUGGAAUCAGUGUUCACCUUCAAUCCUGGCCCUGUCCAGGAAUGUAUCAACUGGAUUCUACCUUGUAAGACAGCUGGUUUGGCACGUGAAGUUGUUGAUGAUGAUUUCCCUCAAAACCUCUCAUAUUUUGAAAAUGAAAAGAGGUAAGAUUUGAAUUUUUGUAGUGGGUCAUAAUAAAAAUGAGAACCAACAAUGCAGGACUGAGCAGCGCAGCUAUAUCUUAUACUGUUGACUAAAUAUCUUAUCCACAGCAGUUCAGACACCUUAACUUUCUCCCUUUGUCCUUCUCCUCCCUCGCCAUGCCAGCAAAAAUCAACCUCAAAGCUGCAGUGCGUUAACAGUACAGGGGGUUGAGAUUCCUUCACAUGUGAGCUCUCCUUGCUUUUGCCUGUGAAUUUACAUUCCUUAACUCUCUUAACUGUGGCCAUGCUGCCUAUGGCAGCUAAAGCUCUAGAACCAAAUUAACUUACACAUUUGUGGGGUAAGUAGAUAGCUAUUGACCCAUAUUAGUGACUCAGACCAUUUAAAAAACCAACAACCACCCUCUAGGGAAAGGGCUUACUGCUCAACCUCCAUCUUGUCCAUAUCUGAAACAUAGGCCACUAGCCAUUCUAAAGGGAAAGUGAAGAUGGUCCUGCUUUCUUAGACAUUUUACAAGAAAGAGGGUUAAUUUGACAGCAGUUGUAGAGCUGGGUUCUGAGAAGAACUGAAUGUCCUCAACUCUGACUUCACUGAGUCAGAUUUAGCUCUCCCAGAGUGGCGCACCUAUACAAUACUGAACCAAAUAUUAUAGGUACACAUUCCAGCCCAUCAUUAUUCAGAAAAAUUAUGCAAAAACAGUACCAAUACUGUCAAAGUAACAUUUUUCCACAAAGACCACUGCCUAAAACUGUUUUCAAUGUCAUAUUUCUAAUGUGCUGCGUUUUCAGUACAUCACAGCACUUAACGCUCAGGGAGAUUGUGAAAGAAAAUGCCAUUACUUUGUAGUGUACAUUGCAAUAAAUUGAUUUUAAAAUCGGU